AUGGAACUCGACAAAUUUCAUAAAAUACUGGAUGUGGCAUCGAACAACAUAACGAUAUACAAUUCGGAAACGAAUGAAAACCAGUCAUUCAAUCAGUUCUGCAUAAACUUCUGCCAAGUCAAUGAACCUGUUCGACAGUUUUAUAAUGGGUUGAUUAUUCAGCGAUCUUCUUUAGCUAAAGGCGAUGGUCUAAAUGAACGUCUAAAGUUAGAGUAUCCUGUUAGCUUCCUCUUUGGACGAAGUGUCAGCCUUCAGCCAAAUUUUUUUGGGGUUGAGCUGUACAAUGAAACCGAUGAGAAAUAUCCCAAAGAACCUGAUGACUUUUUUAAUGACGAAACAGAGUCGAACCGUACAGAAACGCUUGCGGCUCUUUUACCAGUAAGUAACAUGAAAAUGGUCAAGUUGAUAUCGCUUCAAUUUCGCGCUGAACAUCUGCCUUCUUGGACGGAUGAUGAUGUCAAGGAUUGGGAAAUGCGCGUCACUAAAUUCUUCCAAAACAAUUAUAAGUCAGAUCAUCUAAAAGUUUUUGUUUUAUCACAAACAUACAUAGAAGAAGAGAUGAUUCGAGCUGGUAUAUCACUGUUGCCGUACCUUAUUGUUGGUUUUUUUAUAAUGUGUGCAUGUUCCGUGGUUUCAGUGAUGGUGAGGGCUGCUUAUAUGCAUCAAAGUAACAUUUAUAAGAUUAUUUUGGCUGUGAUGGCUUGCAUAACUCCCUUAAUGGCGUGUGCGACUGCUCUCUCUAUAAUGUUCAUGGCUGGAGUACGAUUUUCAUCAAUUUUAUGUGUCAUUCCAUUCCUUGUGCUUUCAAUAGCUCCGGUUGCUCAUCUUGCAAAAAAUGUAUUAGGUGUGGAUAGUUCAUACUUGAUGAUUCAUGAAUGGCAACGUGUGACGAAAGAGGUCAGAGAGAAGAAGGUUAUAAAUAAUGAUGGUGUUGGAAAUCGAAUAUCUGAAGUUCUUUGUGAGGUUGGACCAGCAAUCUUGAUAUCUGCAAUAACAAAUAUCUUGGCUGAUGCUGUUGGCUGUUGGACAUCAUCACCUGAAAUUCGUCUUCUUUGUAUUGGAAACUUGUUUUCAAUGUUUAUUGCUUACAUUUACCAGAUGACAUUUUACUCUGGUUUGAUGGUGAUUGUCGGCAAGUUUGAAAUUGAGGCUGAACGAGUAGAAAGGAACAAAAUGGAAAUUGCUAUCAAUGAAAACCGAGUCAAUAUUAGCCGACACAGUGGCUUACAGCGAAAAAGCUCACGUUUCCACGACACGUCUAAGUUGUACAUAAGUAAAUAUAUGAGGAUUUACGUAGACUUCGUCACCAACGUGUUCGUAUCUUCACUAACAAUAGUUAUAUACUUUAUCUACAUAGCGUUUUCAAUUUGGGGUAUUACAAAGGUGAAUAUCAACCUGACGUCGCAGAAGCUUUUCGCCACUGAUUCGCCUCUUUUAGAGAAUGACGGUUCCGUAUUUGUCAAGGGAAACUCUAAAAAGUCCUCUGACAUGCCGUGGCGAGGGAAAGGUCGCUCCCGUCGCAGUAGUUUGUAG